ACUUACGACUUCUCUCUCUCCCUCUCUCUCUCUCUGUGAAGUCCACCUCUCCCGCCCAAUUCCAACCAAACAAACUCAAAUUCAAACCAAAAUGUUGGCCACACAUGUUCUGUUGUUGUGGCCAACGCUUCGCCACCAAUCAUUCAUCAUUAGAACUCGUGCCCUGCAUUUGGUUGGACGUGAGGCAAUUACUGCCUCUCAGAGAUCAGCAUCGACCAUACAUAACCACCAAUGUGAAAGGAUGGCAUUUUCCACCUGGCGACCUAAUAAAAACCACCAGAAAAUGCUGCAGAGGAAAAUGUUUGAGGAAUAUGUGUUCCAAACACAUGACAAGAAAUUCACUUCUACGCCUGGCAUGGAUUCUGAUAAGAACAACAAAAAUAAUAAUAAUAACAAUGUGAAAACAACAACUAAUUCAUUAAUAACAACAAAGGUUCCUUCAAACGAUGUUAAGUGGUUGACUUUGAACAAUCUACUGGCCGUGGGCCAUAAAAACUACUUAGAAGAACCACAACAGCAAAACCAACAAGAAGCCAGUUUGGACUAUGAGGAAGCCGUAAAGGCCCUAAACCUGCUCCAAUCGAAUGCGGAGGCCUUACGCUCAUCCCUGCAUCAGCGACGUCGCUUAAAUUCAUUACAGGAAACGGAAAAAUAUCUGUUACGCAGUGGCUUAACCUUAGAUGACUUAAAAGCUCUAUCGAUCAUACAUGUGGCUGGCACCAAGGGAAAGGGCUCAACGUGUGCCUUGACGGAUUCCAUACUACGCCAUUAUGGUGUAAAAACAGGCUUCUAUAGCUCUCCCCACUUGGUAUCGCUUACCGAACGUAUACGCAUCAAUGGACAGCCGAUAUCCAAGCAAAAGUUUACGCAACAUUUCUGGCCUGUCUACAAUCGAUUAAAGGCCCUGCAGGAAAAUGAAACAGAUAUGCCGGCCUAUUUUAAAUUCCUUACAAUUUUAUGUUUCCAUAUCUAUUUGGCGGAGAAAGUGGAUGUGGUCAUUUUGGAGGUGGGUAUUGGCGGGGAAUUGGAUUGCACGAACAUAGUGCCGCAUAGCAAAACGGUGGGCAUUACCUCCUUGGGUUUGGAACAUACAAAUUUGCUGGGUAAUACGCUCAAGGAAAUUGCCUGGCAAAAGGCGGGUAUUAUAAAACCCAAUUGUCAGGUAUAUACCUCUGUCAAACAGCCGGAAUGUUUGGAGGUCAUAAAGGCCAGGGCUGAGGAGAAAAAUGCCUGCCUCCAUAUUGUACCGGAAUUUGGCGAGUAUUUUGGAGAAAAAAAUCAAAAGCUAAGGGAGUCGUUUAGUAACAUCAUCUCCCUGAAUGGUUCCCUGGCCUUGCAGCUGGCCUACGAUUGGUUGAGACAAAAUCGUAAUGGUUUCUUUAAACACUAUGGCGUUAAUCGGCCGCAUUUAAGCGAUUUAGCCCUGGAGGGCUUGGUGAAUUGUGUGUGGCCCGGCCGAUGUCAGGUGGUGAAGUUUUAUAAUUUCAACAUGCAUUUGGAUGGUGCCCACACGGUGGAAAGUAUGCAGGUCUGUGGCAACUGGUUUGCCCAGGUCUCCAGGCGAAGACCCAAAAUUUUAAUUUUCAACACAACCGGUGAUCGUGAUUCCAAAAAUCUCCUCCGCAUCCUGCGUAAUUACACACACUUCGAUAUGGUGUGUUUUGUACCGAAUAUUGCAACAUCGGCCCAAAAUACCCAAGAUACCAAAUCAGUUUUACACUCCCAUGUGGAACAACUGAAACGGGCCCAAAUGCAUUUGCGCAAUUGGCAAGAAUUGUGUGAAGAUAUACGGAGAUCUCCCAGCGAAGAAAUGGAAGCGAAAACAAAACAGCAAGCCAAAACCUAUACCACAGUUAUGUCCUGUUUUCAGUCUAUAAGAGAGAAUUAUCCGCAGCAGCAAUUGGAUGUGCUGGUUACUGGUUCGAUACAUUUAAUUGGGGCAGUUAUUUUAACAUUAAAUGAGCUUGGCCGGGAGCUGAGCGAAGGGGAAGAACUUAGUUAAACAAACAAAUAGAGGGUAUAGAAAUGCAGUAGAGUAUUUUAAGUAUGGAAAUUUUGUAAAUACGUUUUGUUUUUUUGUUUUCGUUUUUUUUUUUUAAUUUUAUUUGAAUCUGGCAUUCGUAUUAUUAAGGAAAAAAUAAAAGACCUAUUUAUGAACAAGUGUAGGAAAAACCCUUGUCGACGAGAGGAA